AGCUGAAGUUGGGUUUGUAUUUUGUAUUUCAGCUAUGGGAGCUGUAGGGUUUCGUUCACUGCUUGCUGUCUCAGCACUUUUUCGAGUCAUUUUGAUUAUCUAUGGAGAAUGGCAGGAUGGUCAUAUGGAGGUUCGAUAUACAGAUGUAGAUUACCUUGUCUUUUCUGAUGCUGCUGCUUUAAUGGCAUCAAAGGAAUCGCCUUACAAGAGAACUACGUAUCGUUAUUCACCUCUGCUAGCAUUCCUGUUGAUUCCAAAUUCAUUUAUUCAUCCCUCAUGGGGAAAAUUUCUUUUCUCAGCUUCUGAUUUGCUGGUAGGCUUGUUUAUCCACAUCAUCUUGAAGCAGCGUAAGGUGCCUGAAGACCUAUGUACAUACUCUGUAAUGGUAUGGCUCCUCAAUCCAUUUACCUUCACCAUUGGAACCCGUGGGAACUGUGAGCCCAUUGUUUGUGCCAUGAUUUUGUGGAUCAUUAUCUGUCUUAUGAAUGGUAAGUUGCUACAAGCCGCAUUUUGGUAUGGACUUGUUGUACAUUUCAGAAUUUAUCCAAUAAUCUAUGCACUCCCUAUAAUCUGGGUUCUUGGUCCAUACUUCUUCCAAUCUCAUCCGAGGACUCAACUUCGAAAUCAGAACUUGAGUCAAGAAGAGACUAGUGAAAAUAGUACUCCAAGGACUGGUUGCUGCAGCGCAUGGAUUAUCUUAAGAAAUAUAUUUACAAGACAGAGGAUUAUCUUUGCCCUGGUCUCUGGGGGUGUUUUCCUCUCAUGCACUGGUCUUUUCUUUUAUUUAUAUGGAUGGGAGUUCCUGCACGAGGCGCUAUUAUACCAUCUUACUCGUACAGACCCAAGACACAAUUUCUCCAUUUACUUCUAUCACAUCUAUCUCAAUUACGAAAAGGAAUUUUCACUGGUGGAAAAGCUCAUCUCUUUUUUGCCUCAAUUUAUAGUACAACUGGUUCUUAUUUUUAGCUUUGCAAGGGAUCUACCUUUCUGCAUCUUUGUGCAGACAGUGGCUUUUGUUGCCUUCAACAAGGUAAUAACAGCACAGUACUUUGUCUGGUUCUUUUGCUUGUUGCCUCUCAUAAUGCCAUGGAGUAGGAUGAAGCUUAAAUGGGAAGGUACAUAUUGCAUUUUAUUAUGGAUGGCAGCUCAAAUUCAUUGGUUGAUGUGGGGCUAUCUGCUUGAGUUCAAGGGGAAGAAUGUCUUCUUGCAGCUUUGGAUGGCAAGCUUAUUGUUCUUGGCUGCUAACACUUUUGUCCUGAUCAAGAUCAUCCGGAAUCAUAAAUUCUCUCCGGAGUUUGAACAGUAUGACCAUGGGAAUUCAAAGAAUAUUGUGAAACUUGAGUGAGAAAAUGAAUAUUGUGAAACUUGAGUGAGAAGAUGGGUUUCAACAUUCAGCAGUGGUUCAAGAGGACCUCGACACGGACCCUCUUCUCUGGUUUUUCUUUUUCCUGGGGUGAGGGUUCAGAUUCCCUAGCUCCCAGGGGUGUUAGUAGAAAUUUAGUCAUUCCAUAUUCUAUUGCUAAACGAAGAGUAGCAAGUGUGAAACGGAGCGACGAUUUCUUAUUUUCUAUAUUCUGGAGAUCUCUAGCUUUUGUCUUACAGUGUAGGGAUUUGAAGAUAAUAUGCUGACUGAUAUUGAAGGACGAUUUAUAUAGUUGGAUGAUAAAUCUUUUGCUUUGAA